AUGAAGCGGCUGGCGCUCCUCGCCGUCCCCGCCCUCCUCCUCCUCUCCCUCUCCUUCCUCCUCCUCAGGCCCACCUCCCCGCCGCUCCUCCCCUCCAUCCCCGACCACCGCGCCCGCCUCAGCGUCUACGUCGCCGACCUCCCCCGCGCGCUCAACCACGGCCUGCUCGACCUCUACUGGUCGCUCCCGGCCCCCGACUCCCGCAUCCCGGCCUCCUCCGACCCGGACCACCCGCCCCCGCGCGGCGGCCACCCGCCCUACCCCGCCAGCCCGCUCAUCCGGCAGUACAGCGCCGAGUACUGGCUCCUCGCCUCCCUCCUCCGCAAUCCCGCCUCCGGCUCCGCGGCGGUGAGGGUCGUCGCCGACUGGAGGGAGGCCGACGUCGUCUUCGUCCCCUUCUUCGCCACGCUCUCCGCCGAGAUGGAGCUCGGGUGGGGCGCCACCAAGGGCGCCUUCCGCAGGAAGGAGGGGAACGCCGACUUCCGACGCCAGCGGGAGGUCGUCGACCGCGUCACCGCUCACCCGGCCUGGCGCCGGUCCGGCGGCCGCGACCACAUCUUCGUCCUGACAGACCCUAUGGCAAUGUGGCAUGUCCGGGCGGAGAUUGCUCCAGCAAUUCUAUUGGUGGUUGAUUUUGGCGGCUGGUACAAGCUCGAUUCAAAAUCUGCAGGAAGCAACUCUUCUAAUAUGAUACAACACACUCAAGUGUCAUUGCUGAAAGAUGUUAUUGUACCUUACACACAUUUGCUCCCCACCCUGCACCUGUCAGAAAACAUGGACCGCCCCACUCUUCUGUACUUCAAGGGAGCCAAGCACAGGCACCGGGGUGGUUUGGUACGUGAAAAAUUGUGGGACUUGAUGGUUAAUGAGCCUGAUGUUGUCAUGGAAGAAGGUUUUCCCAAUGCCACAGGGCGUGAACAAUCAAUUAAAGGGAUGCGGACAUCGGAGUUCUGCUUGCACCCAGCUGGUGACACCCCAAGUUCAUGUCGUCUAUUUGACGCUGUUGCCAGUCUUUGCAUACCCGUCAUUGUGAGCGAUGACAUCGAGCUUCCUUUCGAAGGGAUGAUAGACUACACAGAAUUCUCCAUUUUUGUGUCAGUCGGUAACGCAAUGAGACCGAAAUGGCUAGUGAACUACUUGAGGAAUAUCACCAAGCAGCAGAGGGAUGAAUUCCGACGAAACCUGGCUCGAGUCCAGCAUAUCUUUGAGUACGAAAACAGUCCUCAUAGUGAAGAUGGCGCUGUUCACUACAUAUGGAAGAAGAUUCAUCAGAAGUUGCCGAUGAUUCAAGAAGUGGUUACCCGGGAGAAACGGAAACCUGAAGGAGCAUCAAUCCCACUUCGGUGCCAUUGUACAUGACCACCUCUCUUCUUCCACUACAAGGCGAUUCUGAUUUUAUUUGUUUGUAGCUGCAAAUGUAACAUUAAGCCACAUUGCCUUUUUUUUUGGUUUUGUACUAUUCAGGGACGGCCACAUUGCUUGAUUGUUGUUGUAUGAGGUUAGUUUCUCCACUGAAGAAAUUGUCCAUUGGAAAGGAAUUGAGAAUUCCUGACAUUUUUCAGAAGAGAGAAAACUAAAUAUGGAUUGAUGUGUAAUGUUAAAAAAUGA